CCGGACUUUGACUUCCAAAUACUAACUCUUUCCCCAGAAGUUAAUUGACCGGAAUUCCGAACACUCACUAAGACUUGCACGACCCCGGCCAAGAUAUUGUCAAUGCCCAGGACUACUGGCGAACCGCGUGUAAGGCGCUCCUGUGAGCGUUGUCGUGAGAAGAAGAUCAAAUGUCCUGCUGAGAAGCCAGGAUGUUCGCAUUGUCGAAUAGCGAACCAGACAUGUACUUAUUUGCCUCGGAAUCACGUCAGCAGUAAUCGAAGAUCCUUCGCUCGAAGCUUGUUAGUCACUGCGCGCGUGGGCUACGAUGGACGAGAGAGUUGAUGUAGAAAAGCAGGCCUCUCAAAGCGCAACAUGCUAGCAUAUCACCAACUGCAUCGAGUCAUGAACCAGAUCAAGCGUCUGGGAACAGACAUCAAAGUCAAGAGGUCAAUACCUGGAAUAGUCAUACCAACUCACCGCGCAUACAUCAGCAAUUACCCCCAAUAACAGCUAUGCUCUCCGAAACCUCAUCAUGGUCACCAGCAAACCCCGAACCACCGUCGGACCUGUUAACAGACUUUGUGAAUGCCUACCGCGAAAAGAUCUACUUCCAACCACUUCCGCUGUUCGACCCGAAGCGUCUCCAGCUCAAGACCGGGACAUUACCCCAGUACCUCCGGUGGAGCUUUCUAGCUUUGUCGCUUCAUUAUACAAGUCAUAACUUCUACUAUGGGUUAGAAGCGAAGGCUAUUGAGUACUACACCACUUCAGCAAGGAGUGUAGUUGUUGAUAUGGCGGCGGAAGGGCUUGUCAAGUUGGAGGUUAUGCAGGCGUUGUGUCUACUUGCUUUGUGUGAUCAUAUUGCUGGAAAGUCUUCCCGGGCGUGGAUGAUGAUAGGGAUGGCUGCAAAGCUGGAGUCACUUCGUCUUUCGGACUCAAAAGCCAGUCGUUCACGACAGUCCGAUGAUGCGGUCUCAAGAUGUCACUGGAGCAUCGCUAUCCUGGAAAGCACCUUUACUCCCCACUGCAACACUCUUUUCGAAGUAGCCCACGCACCGAAUUAUCCCAAGAGCGUACCGCGACCAACGACUCUGCAUGGGAUGAAGACGUAUUGCGCUGACUUGACAGAUGCAUACGAAGCAAACGUCCAAGACGUAGGGAUUGUCGCAACUUGUCUCGGCUACAUCUCCGUUUGGGGUAGUAUUAUUUCUUACCUUCGCGACAUCCGCAACGGAGCGAAUGAGUACCCAUGGCUAGCAACGUCAAGACACAAUCAACUCACCGUCAAGCUAUACGAGCUCGAAAACAUCACUUCCCAUCGCCAUCUCAUCCGCAACGCCCCCUUCCCAGACCAACCACCCUCCGAACUCAGCGAAAACAGAGAAUACUGGGCGCCUUGGGUAUUAUUCCAAGUACUCAUGCACGCCACCCAAGCCAUUCUCAACAAUCCCUUUGUGCAACUCGUCGCUCUCCGCCGCGCCGGUCGGAAUUUCCAACCACGGUCCUUUCUGCAGAAUACAGUUGAUCAAGCUUUAUUCCACGCCGAGUGGGUUUCUAGACUUGUGAGGAUGUGUGCGGAUAGACAGUUUGAGGUGAAUGAUCCUUUAGUUGGACAAGCUGUUGCUGGAUGUGUUUCGAUACUGUGGAUAUUUCAGUUUGCGAGGGAUAGGAAGGUUUCGGAGAAGGCAAAGGAGAAUCUAGGUAUUUGUGAGACGUUUCUGGAGCACUUAUCGCGGAAAUGGCCUCAUAUUGCUGAAAAGGUCGAGAUUCUACGAACGCUCAACAUCAAAGUGAAAAAGAAGCGACAAUCGCCCCAAGAUGACGAAUCGAGCAGCGCGACUAUUCAGUUUGAACCAGAUAUGAUGUGGGAGCUUCUUGACCCUGCAAUGUCGGGCGUUGACUGGGCGAGUUUGUGCAAAGCAGGAGGGACAUAUGCUUCGACGAGCGCUACGAUCAAGGUUGCGACCAAGUUUAUACAUCCGAUUAAUAGCGAUGAGGAUAAUGCGCCGAUGGAGAAUGUUUCGCAUAAUUUGUUUGACCUGGAGGAUAUUUAUGGGGAGCCGUUUUUGGAUCAGUUCUUUUCUGACUCUUUGCUUGUCAAUAUCUCAUAGACAACAUAUUAUUUAUACCUUGCUGCCAGUAUGAAGCUCAGCCGUUUAACACUUUUUGCCGG